UGAGCAUGGCGUGGUGAUGUAGUAGUAGUAUGUGUGUGGUGCAAGUGCUGUCCGUUGUUAGUUCUGAAUAUUGGUGAAAUCUGUGUUGGUGCACGUGAAGUGAAGUGGCGGUGUUAAAUUGAGAGAUUAGGUGUAUUUGAGUGUUGGAGCUGGGAAGUGGUGUUUAUAAAUGGUGUGUGAGGUUAUAACGUACUGGUGUGUGGUGUAGUGGGGAAGUGAUGUGCUUCUAAAUGAUGGGUGAAGGUAUAAGGACAACACCACAGGCAACACCAGGACCCUGAAAUAAGGCACCAGGACGGAAGACCACCACAACACCUUCACUGAGACACCCAACAAGGCGCCUGCGUGGAAAGGUGUAGCAGCAGCAGCAGCAACAAUGCCACUCUCGUCUCCCAAGCAACGAGAGACGCCAGUGUCCGUCAGUAAGUCGUCUGCACAACAUGACGCCACGCCCUCACCCUCCUCACUGACGCCCCUCGCCGCCCACACCACGCCCGGGGAAGAAGUAUCCACGCUCAAGCAAGGCGCAACCAGGGACGAGAAAGAAGCUACUGACGGAGGGAGGGUGGAGGGUGACUGCAGCUGGUUCCAGGAGCAGACGUGUGGUUUAAUCCUAGAGUGUGUUGCAGAUAUGGACGCGUGCUUCAAGGCUUUCGACAAGGACGAGGAUGGCUUCCUCAACCAGAGCGAGUUCUCCGCGUUGUGUCGAGCGCUGUUCCGCAACGAGCGAGGCAAACCAUACCCAGUGGAGACGUCCAUGCUCAACACCAUCUUCACCAUCUUCGACACCAACAAGGAUCACGUCAUUGACAAGGAGGAGUUCAGGUAUUGCUGGCAGAAGUGGAUCAAACAGGUGGUGCGGCCAGUGACGGCUCUGGUGAUUGUGGAUGUCCAGAACGACUUCAUCUCAGGCUCCCUCGCCCUCAUCAACUGUCCAGCGGGCCAUCACGGAGAAGAGGUUAUUCCCCCUGUGAACCGGAUACUGGAGGAGAACCGCUUUGAUGUGGUGGUGUAUUCCCUCGACUGGCACCCAGAGAACCACGUGUCCUUCAUCGACAAUGUACACAUGCGCUCUCUUCACUCCUCCUGCAAGUUGAUGUGUGAGGAGACGCAGGUUUACGACACCGUCAUCUUUGACGUUAACAAUGAUGGGACGCCGAUGGAGCAGAAGCUAUGGCCGAGGCAUUGUGUCCAGAACACUUGGGGUGCCGAGCUGCACGAGGACCUCAAAGUUGCAGAGGAUGCAAUCUUGGUGUACAAGGGCACUGACCCAGACACCGACUCCUACAGUGUGUUCUGGGACAACAACAAGAAGUUCCACACAACACUGAAUGAGGAACUCCAGAAGCGAGGCGUCACCGAUGUCUUUGUGUGUGGCGUGGCCUAUGACGUGUGUGUCGCGGCGACCACCAAACAUGCAAUUGAGGAGGGCUACAGGACAAUCUUGAUAGAUGAUGGCUGCCGGGGUGUGAGUGAGGAGGACAUUGCGGCCACCAGGGAACACACCAUUGCCAACCAAGGCCUUGUUGUACACUCUUCACAGGUGAAAAAUCUCGCCACUGGGAGGGACAGACCACCAGCGCUUGCCUACAAGCUGGCCCUCGAACUAUCCAAGAAGACAAAGAAGAAAUAAAUUAAUAAUGUGAUGGGAAGACAAGUGAGGGAGAGGGAGGGAGAGAGAGAGAGAGAGAGAGAUAGAGACAGAAAGUGUUCAAAAUAAGGAAGUGAAGCAAACACCAAGGGAGGCUCCUGAGGGGAAUGAGAGAUUGAAGACGAACAACAAAGGAAGCUACAGUAAAUCUAAGCCUCAAAACUUCUUUCAGCACCAAGCUACAUACUGAUUUAUCAUCAGGCUAUUCUUCGUUAUCAAGAAAAAUGCUAAAAUUCUGGUUUGUCAAGCUCGCAUGUCUUACCUCAUUGUUUCUAUGACACAAUGAAAAAAACUAAUAAAAGUUUACUUAUAAGCAUUACUGACAGGCACUCAGUAACCAUAUGUAGGCUCAGAUAACAUUUCCUUUUUAAUAACAAGACAUGUAUUAAGUUGCCAAUGUGAUACAAAAUAAAACCCUUCCAAUACAAGGGAUAAGGCCUUCCUGCCACUAAGCUAUAACAGUACUUAAAACCAUUGUAGAUGUGUGGGUCCUUUGUUGCUGUACUUUUAAGUUUUAAAAAAUCAUGUGAUGGUAGAGAGUGACAUCAGAAGGUGCAAAUUUACUGUACAAGUCAUGAAACGCUUCAACUGCCUUGAUAAGUAGGUGCUUUCAGAGCAGUUUGUAGGCAUUACCGGAGGCUCUAAGGUUAGUUGACCUAGACUGUGUUAGACAGCUUUUUAUCUUGUCUCUUAUUUUCAUCAUUCAUUCCAAACAAGCAAAACAAAUCUACAAUUGCAAUCAUCUAAUGUCAAGGUCACAGUAAUGCCAUACAGCCAACACCCAUGGACAGCAGGUGUCACAGCGUCACACUCACAACGGACGCAGGGCCUGACAGCUGCUGCUGCUGUUGCACAGAUCAAUGCUGCACAUAUCAUCAUCAAUCAUGGUAAUGACAGCAGCACUCCAGUCCCUCACUCAGCCAUGGUAUAUACAAUGGUCAAAAACUGCCAUGAUGGAGGCAGGACCACCAGAUGUGUACAGGAUGAGAGUGUGUUCCUCAGCCAGUGUGGCCCUGCAAGCCCCACCACCCUGAUUGAGUGGUUCCUGUGGUUGCCAGGUGAUGGCCAGCGUGUGCCAGUCAUUCCCUAAACCAGCGAUUGAUGUGUUCUUGGCAGCCAUUAAGGCCACCGAGUGCCUUGGGUGGCAGGUGUGUGCUGCUGGUGGGGACUCACACUUCAUUCACUUCAUGUACAUCUGAUGUCUGGUACAUUGGUAAAAUUUAAUCAAUACAAAAUUUUGAUUCACCAUAAACACAAAACUAAACCAUGUCCACAUUUCUACUUUGGUUAUUCCAUUUUCAUGUAAUGUUAGCUUUUGACAUCAUGCAUUCCCCUAAAUUACAUUAUUCUUUGUCAUCAUUAUCAAGCUAAUUUUCACACUAUGUGGCUGACCCCCAAUGACCAAACCAACCUCGCAAUCCGAGGCUCAAGUUCAAUGGAGUGACUACCUGCUGGGUCAGGGGUGGUGCCGCGUCCCUCUCACCUUUCUCAUGGUGCGUCUCAACCUGAGAGGCGCCAACAUAGGAUAGAGUUAGGUUAGUUGAUACUUCACUCACAGCAUAUGAUGCCUUGUGGGUCUUGGCACAAGUGCUGAAAUGUUAUCAGGGAAAACUGUGGCCUGGCUGUUGACGAGGAGGUGAGAGGGAGAGUGCCAGUGCAUGACACAGCCUGGUCCUGCUGCCUCCCAGUCAUCAUCUGCCUCCAGCCACAGUCCACACCCACCAGUGUCACAUACAAUUAACACCCAACUGUAACAUUUUUGUUCUUAUGUAAAAUCUGUACAUAAACUAUCACAAUGUUCUGAGCACAACUAAAAUAAUAAAGAGUUGGGUCUGUUCAUGACAUAAUUGGAUUGUAUUUAAGAUUGUACAAUGUAUAUUUUUCUAAAUUUGGAGAAAUAAUUGGGAAUCUUUGUCUUAACGUUGACGUGUUUUACAAAAGUUUUAUAUAAAGACGUGGAAGUUCUCUGUCAUGGUCUUGCUUGACCUGAGCUUUACUGUACAAUGAGCAUUUCAAACACUGGCUGUUUCUUUACAACCUCUGCCCUCCUCCUUAACAUUCCACUAAGGACACAAAUCCUGUCGUCAAUGACAAAAAUAACUGGGCUUUGUCAUUUCAGUAUAUAUAUAUAUAUAUAUAUAUAUAUAUAUAUAUAUAUAUAUAUAUAUAUAUAUAUAUAUAUAUAUAUAUAUAUAUAUAUAUAUAUAUAUAUAUAUAUAUAUAUAUAUAUAUAUAUAUAUAUAUAUAUAUAUGGUUCAGUUUACUGUUUUUUGAGCUUUGAUUUCAAAAUGUGUCUGCUAAUAAAAUCUGAAGGACUAUUGUAUGCUAAUAUUUUCCUAUUAAACAUAAGAAACAUAUGUCAUCACACAUGCAAUCUUGCUUUGCUUCAUAAAUGCUUUG